AUGGCUAAAAGUAAAAAUCACACCAACCAUAACCAAAAUCGUAAAGCUCACCGUAAUGGUAUUAAGAAACCAAAGACAUAUCGUUAUCCUUCUUUAAAAGGAGUUGAUCCUAAAUUUAUUCGCAAUCAACGAUUUGCAAAGAAGUAG